AAUACAUGAAGAGAAUUGAGGAAAAGGAGAAGAUUGGCCGGGGGAAAAGGCGACAACACGGCUGUUAUUCCUUUCUUCUCGUCCCACUAUUAAGCCGUGGACUUGAGCUCCCUUUUGAGGCACGCUGGGAUGUUAUUUCGCCGCGCUGCCGAGAGCUCCGGCUGAAAUGCUGUGUUAUGUGCGGCUUUCUUGGCUUUUUGAGCACACGGAGAGAGAUAACUGUACUGUAUCCCAGCCUAGCGGAUUGGAGUGAAAGUCCGCCAUAUUCUGCCUUACCACGCCCGGGAGUCGAGCCACUGGAAAAUAAACGGACAGCCUUAUUCAUGGGAUUUUCUUGUUGCCCUCACCUGCAGACGGUAACUUGAACGCAAGGGAUUUUGUUUAAUGAAAAAUAUCAACAUUGAAGACUUUGAAGAGAGAGUGGGCCGGCUCGGAUGACAAUGCUUAACGAGAUCACACAGAGCAGUACAGAGGAUGUGUCUUAAAAGGAUCUGUUGAUCAUAUUGAGACGGAAAAGCAGAUUACACUAAUUAAGAUUGCGCCGAUAUUCAGCCCAAACCGCGUUGGACACUGUUUUGAAGCUGUCGGGAGACCCAGAAAACGAAGUGAAACAGGGGGAGGGGGGGGCGGGGGGGUCAAUAAUUUCUCAAAUAUCUAAUUUUCCUUUCGCACCACAAUCUGUGCGCUGUUCGGACUCAUUAUAAGGGCGUCCACGCGUUAUUUCACCACCAGUAGGCCUGUAUGAGGACGUUAUUUGGCAUUCACAGGCCUGUCUUUUUCUUUUUGUUUGUUUGUUUGUUUGUUUUUCUCCACCCCGACGAAUCUGAAAUCUGGAUGAAUCAGUGAGAGGAGAAAAAGUGCGAGUUUUAAACAAGGAGAGAGAAUGACCCUGGAAUCCAUAAUGGCGUGUUGCCUCAGCGAGGAGGCGAAAGAAGCCAGGCGGAUCAACGACGAGAUCGAAAGGCAGCUCCGCCGGGAUAAGAGGGACGCACGCCGGGAGCUGAAACUGUUGCUUCUCGGCACUGGGGAAAGUGGGAAGAGCACGUUCAUCAAACAGAUGAGGAUCAUCCACGGCGCUGGUUACUCUGACGAGGACAAAAGGGGUUUUACCAAGCUGGUCUAUCAGAACAUCUUCACAUCCAUGCAGGCCAUGAUCCGUGCCACGGAGACGCUCAAGGUCCCCUACAAAUAUGAGCACAACAAGGCUCAUGCCAACAUUGUGAGAGAGGUGGACGUAGAAAAGGUCAAUAAGUUCGAGAAUCCUUACGUUGAUGCAAUCAAGAGCUUAUGGAAUGACCCGGGCAUCCAGGAGUGUUAUGAUCGAAGGAGGGAAUACCAGCUCUCGGACUCUACUAAAUAUUACCUGAACUCACUGGAUCGGAUCGCUGAGCCAUCCUACCUUCCCACCCAGCAGGAUGUGUUGAGGGUUCGAGUCCCAACCACAGGCAUUAUUGAAUACCCAUUUGACUUGCAGAGUGUCAUAUUCAGGAUGGUGGAUGUUGGCGGUCAGAGGUCAGAGAGGAGGAAGUGGAUCCACUGCUUUGAGAACGUCACAUCAAUCAUGUUCCUGGUAGCGCUCAGCGAGUACGACCAAGUCUUGGUGGAGUCAGAUAACGAGAACCGGAUGGAGGAGAGUAAAGCUCUGUUUAGGACAAUAAUUACAUACCCCUGGUUCCAAAACUCCUCAGUCAUUCUGUUCCUCAACAAGAAGGACCUGUUGGAGGAGAAGAUCAUGUACUCUCAUCUGGUUGACUACUUCCCAGAAUAUGAUGGUCCGCAGAGGGAUGCCCAAGCGGGGCGAGAAUUUAUCCUCAAGAUGUUUGUGGACCUGAAUCCAGACAGCGACAAGAUCAUCUACUCUCACUUCACCUGUGCCACUGACACAGAGAACAUCCGUUUCGUCUUUGCAGCAGUCAAAGACACCAUCUUGCAGCUCAACCUAAAGGAAUACAACCUGGUGUAGAGCAGAGCAGAGCAGAGCAAGGGUCUUCCAGCUGCAGACCCUCAGCACACACACUGACUGACGCAAUCUGUGAAAAGAUAGAUCAUAUAUACACACACAUUAAAAAAAAAAACUAAACAAAAAACAAAAAUCUAAUGGUUGCAUAAUACUAAUUUAUUUGCUGUUCGCUCAUCUCUUGGUUCCCCGAGGGGUGAGCAAAGUAAAUGUUAUCUUGCUAUUUAAGAAGUGAUGAAAAAGCGGGAACAGGAUAUUGGCGGGGCGUGGGGAAGGAGCUGAAGUAAAUGCAGUGUGUUUCCGUCUCUCCUGCCUUUUUAUAGAAAAAGAAGAAAAGAAAAAAGGUUUUAAUUCCUUUUUUAACCUUCUUCCUUACCUGUUGUUUCAUUCUGAAGCUUCAUCACAGGCCUUUACCUGUUUGCCCAGCAGGGAAUGAUGUAUUAGCCAGCUUCAUUUUCUUUUUUUAAUCUGAUAGACUGAUUGGCAAGUGUCUUGUGAGUUGGCAUAAAUUGUGAUUUUUUUUUUUUUUAAAUGAUUUGAUAUUGAUCAUCUUAGAUCUUCAUUAUUCUUACUUGGUACCGUUCAAUGAGUUGAGCAUGUGUUUCGGUGGAAUAGCCCAAGUUGUAUGUUGAGUGACAGUCACGCCAUGGUUUUCAGCUGUCGAGAGACUCAUUCAGUUCAGAAAUGUGAGAGAAACUGGCUAUAUAAUAUAAUAUAAUAUAAUAUAAAGCUUUGAGUGACAUGGUGAGGACGCACACAGAGACUUCUGCUUUUUCAUGUAAAGAUGAACCGUGGCAAGUCACUUUAUACAAACUGAAGAGAGCUGAGGAGGAGUUAAUUUAUGAGAAACGAUUAUGUUCAACUGUGCCACAUUAACGCUUUUUAUUAUGGUAACAUGUAUAUUUAUUGCCAAAUGCCAAAAAAGGAAGAAAAAAAGAUGAGAGAGCAGCCCAGACUCCACUUUGUGCUGUUGGCUACUUCACUGAAAUGUAAAGUGUUAGGAAAGAGCAGGGCUAACGAACACUGACUGACUUUAUCGACCAAUGUAUCGACCCUGCAGUUUUUUUUGUUUUUUUUUUUUAAAGUAUUAGUAUAAGAGUCUGUGGUAUUCUUCCCCAUCUCUCUCUCUCUCUCUCUCUCUCUCUCUCUCUC